AGGUUGCGCUUUGAAUGAGGGGCCAUCAUCCCGGCGGCUCGGAGCUGGAAAAUACUCUUUAAAGUCACUCUGGAUGUGUGCAUAAAAUGAACAAGCGGGGUGUUUCUGAUAGCUGCCUGAGUGACCGCUGAGCGCCACUUCACCGCCGUGCCCGGUUUCUUUGGAUGCACUCCUCUCCAACGCUCCUUAAGCCCAAUGCCUUAGUCGUGAUUAAACCUCUGAAAAUACCUACAUGUGUUUCUUUAGUGUAGUUUCAUUCUUCAGUUGAGAUACAGAUCCAUCAGCCUGCCCACCCUCCCCCCUUUGACCCCUUCCUAACUUUAUGUCAGAUUAAGGAGGAAAUCCAAACACCCUUAAAUCCUUGUCAACGUACACAAGCUGCCAUGUCCUCCAUUCUUCCCUUCACUCCCCCCGUGGUGAAGCGUCUCCUGGGGUGGAAGAAGACUCCGGCUGGGACCGGAGGAGCAGGAGGUGGAAUCGGAGGAGUUGGCGAGCAGAAUGGAGGAGGCCAGGAGGAGAAAUGGUGCGAGAAGGCCGUGAAAAGCCUGGUGAAGAAACUGAAGAAGACGGGACAGCUGGAUGAGCUGGAGAAGGCCAUCAGCACACAAAACAGCAACACAAAAUGUGUCACCAUACCCAGCAAUUGCUCAGACCUUUGGGGUCUGGGCUCAGGCCACACGAUAGAGCAGUGGGACUCUGCAGGCAUGUAUGGAUACCCUGACCACGGCAGGUCUCUGGAUGGCCGCCUGCAGGUUUCCCAUCGCAAGGGCCUGCCCCACGUCAUCUACUGCCGCCUGUGGAGGUGGCCCGACCUUCACAGCCACCACGAGCUGAGGGCCAUCGACACCUGCCAGUUUGCGUUCAACCUCAAGAAGGAUGAAGUGUGCGUCAAUCCCUACCAUUACCAGCGAGUGGAGACGCCAGUGCUGCCACCGGUGCUGGUGCCACGCCACACCGAGAUCCUGACAGAGCUCCCACCUCUGGACGACUUCACCAACUCCAUCCCUGAAAACACCAACUUCCCCGCCGGCAUCGACCCUCCCAAUAACUAUAUACCAGACACUCCUCCUCCCGGCUACAUGAGUGAAGAUGGAGAGACGAGCGACCAGCAGAUGAAUCAAAGUAUGGAAUCAGGCUCACCAGCAGAAAUGUCACCAAGCACCUUGUCUCCUGUCAGUCAUGGUCUGGACCUCCAGCCAGUCACCUACAGCGAACCAGCUUUCUGGUGCUCUAUAGCCUACUACGAGCUCAACCAGCGGGUGGGAGAGACCUUCCACGCCUCCCAGCCGUCUCUGACCGUCGACGGCUUCACCGACCCCUCCAACUCCGAGCGCUUCUGCUUAGGGCUCCUCAGCAACGUGAACAGAAACGCAACAGUGGAAAUGACCAGGAGACAUAUAGGUCGCGGCGUGAGGCUGUAUUACAUCGGAGGGGAGGUGUUCGCCGAGUGCCUGAGCGACAGUGCCAUUUUCGUCCAGAGCCCCAACUGCAACCAGCGAUACGGCUGGCACCCCGCCACCGUCUGCAAGAUCCCCCCAGGCUGCAAUCUGAAGAUUUUCAACAACCAGGAGUUUGCUGCACUGCUGGCCCAGUCGGUCAAUCAGGGCUUCGAGGCGGUCUACCAGCUGACCAGGAUGUGCACCAUCCGAAUGAGCUUCGUCAAGGGCUGGGGCGCAGAGUACAGACGUCAGACGGUCACCAGCACACCUUGUUGGAUUGAGCUGCAUCUCAACGGCCCCCUCCAGUGGUUGGACAAGGUGUUGACCCAGAUGGGCUCCCCCUCGGUGCGCUGCUCCAGUAUGUCCUAAACAGGAGCCUGUGCGUUGACAUUUCCCAUCGUUUGGACAGUAUAUCAUAAAGGACACCACCAUGCAGUCUUAAAUAAUGUACUAACCUUUUUAAAAAUGAAAAAGAAAAAAAAAAAUGACACAGUGGACCUGGAGGAUGACACGACAAACUGGACAAUGUUACCGUGGAUGUAGAGUGGACGUCUUCUUUUUCUUCUUCUUCUUUUUUUUUUUUUUUUUUGAUGAACAUCAAGCUCGACUGUCUUGUAAUCUUUGACCUUUGAACUGAAAUCACCCUGCAGUGGGACAACGAGCUGCCAGUUAUGUCAGAUUGAAGCAGCCAACAUUUUAGGGUCCGAUCAAAAAGAAAAAAAAAAUCCAAAACAGGAUGGAGAUUUCCCAUCCUCCUUCUGGGCUCCUGCAUGUGAUUUCAGCCGCUCAUUCACUACCUACUUAUUUCCACAGCACAACUUGAGUUCAGUGUCAGUCGCUCUUGUUUGGACACGGCCGACCCACAGCAGUACUGCCACUCCAGGAUCACGUUCGACCAAAGUGGACCGCAGACCUGGACACUGACGCUCCGUUUACUCGGUUUUGGAGACCAAACAGUUAUUCCAUUGUGUCUGAAAUGUUCCUUCUUCUCUCCCAGCUUGUGGUCACGUUGUAUUUCAGCAGCUCUCGAAGGGUCAGUCGCUGGGAAAGUACCGGGUUUGAUUCUUGGAACGCGUGCCGUCUGAACGAGUUCAGAGAGAUCCCGCAAACGCAGUCGCUUUUUUCACGGUUUAAUAUGCCACAAAACGUUUUUUUUUUUUUUUAGUUGAUAAAUCAUUUCUUCUUUGUGCUUAAUGCAGAUCCUCGCUGUCUUUAACCACACGUAUGCAGAGGAUGGUGCCUGAAAGCAAAAACUGUAAAUAGAGACCGACAACUUAUCUUCGAUUCAUCCUUCUGUACGAAGGGGACGCAAAAUUUUAAGAUUCGAACAAACCCUUGAACAAACCCAAAACAUAUGGUGACACCCAUCAGGAGUGUUUGCCGAUGUUUAAUUUUGGCCCUCGUUCCGUUAGCUAUUGACUCGUACCAGCCACCAGGGGGCGAUCGAGAUAUUUUAACUAAACUUUUUUUUUUUCCUCCACAUCCAUCUUUUGAUACAGCCAGUGGCUGAGACAAAGAAUUGUAUAUUUAAUUCUUCUGUGAGGAGUUUCCAUUUUGAAGCAUGAUCAAUGACUACCUACUAGCACAGACAAUUGGAAUGAAUAGUUUGAGGAACUCUUGGGAGCAAGAGCGUCUGGCUCACUGGCCCGCUGUGGCAGCAAGAAACCUGCUUCUGGAUAAUAAUGAAGGCAGUAGGAGUCAAGAAGGCCCCUCCUCCUUUCCCCAGCCUUGACACUUUGUUUCCCGCCUGCAUGCUCUUGCUCUCUCUUGUCUUGCAUUCUCCUCAAUAUAUUUUUUUAAACUUGCUUUAUGCGAAGAGGCUACGUUUAGUAGGUCAUACAAGAUAAAAAACUGAAACUUCUGUCUAACAGACGAAAAGCUAAAACGCCCAUAUGUUUCACGACGUAGAAAAUGCACAAGUCGAUCCUGAUCCUUGGACGGAUGCACAUUUUUCCAAUCAUUGUCCUUGUUUUGAUAGGAAAAGUCCCGCGGCGUAGGACUUUAAUUUAUGAAAUGGCUUCUAUACUGUACUUGCACUGCCCCCAAAUUAUGCACCCUUGAGAAAGUUGCCUUUGAUAUAAAAUACAGCGAGAUAUGCUUUGAAUUGUACAGAUAGGAAUGUUUAAAAGCCCGAGUGAUGACAAACGAAUUUCCCUUAUUUUAGAGUAGAAGAAUUAGUAGAAUACAAGAUUUUUUACUCAUUAAAGGGGACCUAAAAUGCUUUUUAACUCAGCUUGAAUUCCCGGUCAUCUACUUCUCGUGAAGUUGGUGUCAAAUUACACAAGUGCUCGAUGUAGCGCUUGAACUUGACGGUGAACAUUUAGGGAGAAGAUGGAAUCUAAAGCAACUUGUAUGAUACCUCUUCUCCGAAACAAGAAUGGAAAACUCAUUUUGUUUUGAAAACGGAGGAAGUUGUAGGCCCCUUUUAAUGAGAUUCCUCCUCUUAAAGCCAGCUCUUUGACCUGCAUCGGUAUUUGUCAGAGUCCAAAACUUUUCAAAGUAUUUAAGCUUUAAGUAUUCAACAAACUUAUACUACACCUUAUUUUCUUUAUGCAUUCUUUUAGCUACAUUUUUGUAUCUCCAUGUAUUUUUUUAUAUAUAAAUAUAUUUAAAAUCUUCAAAGCUUUUCUUCCUUUUUAUUAGGAUUGGAUAUUUGUAUUUUAGAGUAUACCUUCUGUUCAGACGGUGGUGAUGAUGAUGAUGAUGAUUUGUGAUGUAUGUAGCAUAGGAUACAUCAUUUCCAUGGAAUUUGCUAUUGAAAGCAAUUCAUUCACAAUAGCAUGUAACUUCCAUCCCCCUCCGUCAGCGCCUGCCCUGCACUACCGAUGUGAUUUAUUAUUUUUUUUUAAUCAUCGGAUGUUGAAAGAAGCAGUUUCUUGGUAUCGGUUCUCCAGCUGUAGGAUGGGGGUGUGACCAAAGAAAAAGUGCAGGUAUCGGGUUGUAUUGGCUUCAUCUCAAUCAAGUGUGACCACACAAAUUAAGCGAUUCAAAAAUAAGCUGCCUUUUUAAGAUUUUCCAGGUAGAAUCCAACAGUGUUAUCUGUCCGUAGCGUCAAAGUGAGAUGGUUAUUUAACAGCCCGAGCUCCAGCUGUCUGAUUCCCAUUACUUCCACGUUCGUACACUGUUAAUUUACCCGAGUGUGUUUCCAUGCACGCAACACACACUCUUGUAUCCCGGUCGUACUGUAGACUCUCGUGUGUGUUCCCGCUUCGAAUACAUACGUCACCACUGAAAUUGUAACUGAGAAAUGUAAAUAUACUCUAAUAAGACUGGAUCCACUCGAGCUCACGAUCUCAUGCUUUCACUCGCUCAUACCUGUAAAAAAAACAACAACGUUCACUUCAUUGUGAUUUACAUUCAAAAAAUUUACUGUAGAACACCAAAAUGAAACGUCAAGGUUGAGUUUUGUCAAGGGCUGUGACGAGACGUCCAAACCCCUGUUGCUUACGUUUAUCGAUCGCCAGCAUCUUGUAGUCGUUUUUUUUCAGGAUCUACAUUUCUACACACUUGAUGUGUGAAUCCUUUUUUCUAAGCUGUUUUAAAAAGAUUGGGGGGAAAAAAGAAAGCAGGACAACCUGUGUUUUAUGCUGUUUUUAUGCAGGCUAAUCAUGAAACAUGCUUUUUUUUAUUAUUAUUUUAGUGCAAAACCAAAUUAAACAGCCACCUUGCUAAUACUCACUUAAAACCAGCUAAAUGUAAGAUUUAUGUGUCAUCCACCUGUCGUGUGUGUGUGUGUUGGCUGUCUUCAGUUUUUAAUUUAUCCGGGUAAAUGUUAACUGGACUUUUAUAGAAGUUAAAGCAAAAAAUGUAGUUUCUCUCACACGGUCGUUGCAUCUCGGCUAACCUCGGUUAGUUCUAUGCAUCCGCAAACAUACAUGGUGUCCUUUUAUUGCCGGGAUCCAGCAAAAGCCUUUGCGUCUUCUUUUUCUUGUAAUGAGUGCCACCUAGUGUUGUACCCUCAAACCAGCCGGCUCGUCCCGCCUCGUGCGGGCAGAAAUGAGGUUUCAUAAAGGCUACUUCAAUACAUUCUGAAGUCUCACAUUCCUAUUUCCUGAUUACUUGUUGUAUUUUUUUUUUGUUUAUUUGUUAUUUUUAUUUUAAUUGUGAUGACAAUUGUGUAUCCCCAAAUAAGCCUAUUUCUGGUGAAUCCCUAAGAAGCUGGCUUUUUGGAGAUAGUGAAGUUCCUACAUGUCACUAGUGAAGUUAUAUGAUGUUCCGUAGUUGUACUUUUUAUUUUACCAUACAUACUCUUCCUUUUGCUUGCUAUCAACAAAACGUUUUUUUUUUUUUUUCCAUUAGACAACAAUCUGUUAGGAUUUCUAUCUUCUUCAAACACUGAUCUUCAUAGGCUUUCCAACUAUCCUAUACAACUUCUUACAGUGUACACUAAUAAAGCUGUUUUAAUUCAAU